UACAUCAUAGCAAAGGCUGCAGUUGCAAGAUGGUUGCUUACUCAGGCCUCAAGAUGGAGCCUUUAGACAAGAAAACAUUUACCUAUGACUACACAUGACAGAAGAACAGCAGACCAGCAGUACUCAGACGAAAGCUAGGCAUGUAGUAUGACGAUCACACAGUUGCAGAAAUGGAGGCGAUAAUAUAAUGGUCCAGACUGUGUUUGGUCCCACACUGUAUUGUAGCUCACAAGCAUUAGGUUGUGAGAAGAUGGAGGUCAUGAUGAAGAAACCCAAACUGUUUUUUAUGACAGCCAAAACGAGAAGUAACAAAAUACAAGCAUACUGUAAGAGUUAAACACCCUAACUUAACAUUAAAAGCACCACAACAUUACAAUUAAAACAUACUUUAAUGCCUUUAAGUGUAUAUGUAUGAAUGUCUUCCCAAGAAAAAUGUGAAAACUAAACAUCAUUCCGCCUGCCUAAAAUGUCAUCAGCCGCUACUGCAGUGCACUUCACUAAUAAUGGCCUUGCAAUUGGCCUUCUCCUAUAAUGCCUGAUGAGACAUGGUAAGUUAUUAAUUAUUACUCUAUACAGACCUUCUCCAAAUCUUUCAGAUUCUCAUGGAAUCUUCUCUUCAAUUCACCCCACAGGUUUUCUACAGAGUUCUUUUUCGGGAGUGGUUCAGUUAAUAUGUAUGGCAUACCAAACCCACCCCUGGAAUUUGCUGCCAAGAAAUCUCUAUUUGGGUUUCAUACAAUUAUAGAACCGAAUCCUAUUUAAAGAAAGAAGUGCCUGAACAGCACCUAAUGAGUUGAGGUUUUGCCUUUUUUCUAGAAACUUCCAAGCAAUACAAAACCUGUGUUAACGUUCUACCAUGUUUGAAUGUAUCGGUCGGAUCUGCUUGUUUACAUUUUGGCCUCCUUAUCGUUCUUUGUGCAGCACCGAUUUUCAGAUUGUUUAAGAGAAAAUACCAAAAUGAAUGAGAAAGACUUUGACAAGAACAUUGUUAUAGAAACUCUUAUGAAAAUCAACCAUGGUUUUACUACAUUUAAAACAAAAAACAUUACUAUAGUUAAAUCAUAGUUACCACAAAAUAACCAGGGUUACUGGAGUAAAACCAUCGUUUGUAAGGUUAAAGCAAGGUAAUUUUGUAAGGGUUUCUAUAACAAUGUUCUUGUCAAUGUUGGCAAAAAACUUUUAUUGUUGUCUUGUUUGCAUUGAAUGAGUAAAAAUUUUAGGCCACCAUGCCACCAUUAGAGUUGUUGUUUUUGCAAUAGUGAUCAUAUAUAAUCAUUUCUCAGUCUCUUUAUUAGAAAGUAUAGGAAUGUUGUAUGUAGUAUUAAAACAGUAUAAAAAAAGUGUCAGGUAUUAACGGUAAACACCCCUUCCACUUGAGCAAUAGCAGGUAACUGCAGAAAAGUGUAGUGCGUGUGUGCGUGUUGAAGGUUUUAACCAUUUACUAUGGUUUUUGAAAAUCAUGGUUGUCAAAACCUUGGUUAUUUUGUGUAUACUAGUAACCAUGGUGUUUUUGUUGUUGUUUUAUUGUUCUAUUACGUCACCCUAUAUAAGCCAGCGCGCUCGUCUUUAAGUUGUGGGUUUUUUAGUUCGGCGUUGUCUCUUUCGAGUUCAAAGUUUUUACUGCGUUUUCACACUUGUUUUGCGAAUUCAUACUUCUUUACAGCCAUGAGUUCUGUAAUUUUCUUUUACGAACGACCAUUGUCCUCUGAGUUUAGUCAGUCGGACUAUGAUCGACGAUCAGCGUGGAUAUUUUCAGGUCUGGAUCGUGGGUUAACUCUGUUUUUCUGUAGGAAAAACAAACGCGUGAUCAGUGUCGGACCUCCCCCUGAAGAUCGCCCGGUUACGAUCAGCACCGCGGCCAGCGCACCUCCUGAGUCUCCUGCAGCGGGAAUAAUAGAGGAAGUUUGUCCAGAUGAGAUGGCUGUGAUGCCAGCGAAGGUGGAAGAUCUCUGUGAGGAGAGGGAGUCAGAGACUUCCACCAUUUACGAGCCAUCCUCUGUGGCAGUUGACUCUCUUACUGAAGGGAAUUCCUCUGUUGCGGAGACGCUCGAGGGGUGUAUUGUGCACCAGGUGGUCAGUGUCCUGCCCUCAGCAUGUGAGCCUCUUAUUUUCGAGGUGGCUCAUGCUGAAAAUGAGAAAAAGGUCUCUUCAGAGCCACCAGCUCUCUCAGGGGCUUCUCCACAGAGCCAGGAAUCGGAGGCCACAAAGGAAACCAGCCAUCAGGAGGUUUCUCACCUGUCUGAAGAGCUCGCUACCGAGGCGGACCCUGACGACACGGUCGAAAUGACGGUUGAUUCCCAGGAGGAUAGUGAACCGUCUGUGGUCCCAGAACCACAAGCACCCUCUUCUCCACCAGCAGAACCUGUCUGCGCACAGGAGGAGGCUGUCGUGGGCAUGAAGACUGCUCUGAUUCAGAACAGGGUGGACAUAAUCCGAGUGUCUGGUGCACGUGUGUCUGCACUCUUCGGAUUUGAGGUUGGGAUGAAUCUGGUGCAUUUCCCCCAAACCUCAGAGGAGGCCUGCAAACUUGUGAGGCAGGCAAUGUUUGUGAAGAUGAUGAAUCUCCACUGGAAUCAGGAUUGGGGGGAAAAGUUGGACGACCUCCAAAGAUUCAUCAGAAGGUUUCCCUCCAUAUUUUUCAUCAGGGAGCCUGCAGGGCACAUCGUCACCUCACCUGGUCCUAUGGCUGCUCUACAAUAUGAGGAGCCUAUAGUGCCGGUCCUCCCCUUACCUGCUCCGGACCACGAGGAACCUAUAGUGCCGGUCCUCCCCUUACCUGCUCCGGACCACGAGGAACCUAUAGUGCCGGUCCUCCCCUUACCUGCUCCAGACCAUGAUGAGCCUAUAGUGCUGGUCUCUCCUUUACCUGCUCCUACUUCUGCUCUGAACCAUGAGGAGCCCAUAGUGCCGGUCUCUCCUUUACCUGCUCCUACUUCUGCUCCGGACCAUGAGGUUCCUGCAGUUCAGGUCCUGCCCUCACCUGCACCUGUGGCUGCUGUGGAUCUAGUGCCAGUCUUCCCCUUACCUGCUGUUACAACUCUGGACCACAAGGAUCCUACAGUCCAGGUCGUCCCCUUACCUGCUCUGUACCAUGAGGAGCCUUUAGUGCCUGUCUUCCCCUUUCCUGCUUCUACUUCUGCUCUGGACGAUGAGGAGCCUAUAAUGCCGGUCCUCCCCUUACCUGCUCCUACUUCUGCCCUGGCCCAUGAGGAGCCUAUUUUGCCGGUCCUCCCCUUACCUGCUCCUACUUCUCACCUGGACCAUGAAAGGCCUAUAAAGCGGGUCCUUCUUCUCCCUCCAGCCCUCCCUGUGGCUCCUCAUGCAGUCUGCGCACAGAAGGCUGUCAUGGGCACGGAGACUGAUUUUAUCCAGAACCGGGUGAAGGUGUUGGUUCACGAAUUAAUUCGAGUGUCUGGUGCACGUGUGUCUGCAGCCUUCCGGUAUAAGGUUGGGAUGAAACUAGUGCAGUUCGCCCAAACCUCAGAGGAGGCCUGCAAACUUGUGAGGCAGGCAAUGUUUGUGAAGAUGAUGAAUCUACACCGGAAACAGGAUUGGGGGAAAAAGUUGGACAACCUCCACAGGUUCAUCAGGAGGUUUCCCUCCAUAUUUUUCAUCAUUGAACCCCAUCAUAUUUUAUACGGUAUUGAGGAUCACGAGAACCCUCUACUGGAUGUUCUUCCCCCACCUGCUCACCUUGUGGCUCCCAUGGAGGACUAUCCAAUAGAAGAUCUAUUGGUACCUGAUCCUUUGGACCCUUCAGGAAAUGCGGCUGCUCUGGAACACGAGGAGCCUGCAGGGCACAUCCUCCGCUCACCUGCUCCUAUGGCUGCUCGGGACUAUGAGGAGCCUAUAUUGCCAGUCCUCCCCUUACCUGCUCCUACUACUCCCCUGGACAAUGAGGAACCUAUUGUGCCGGUCCUCGCCUUACCUGCUCCUACUACUCCCCUGGACAAUGAGGAACCUAUUGUGCCGGUCCUCGCCUUACCUGCUCCUACUUCUGCUCUGGACCAUGAGGAGCCUAUUUUGCCGGUCCUCCCCCUACCUGCUCCUGUUUCUCACCUGGACCAUGAAAGGCCUAUAAAGCGGGUCCUUCUUCUCCCUCCAGCCCUCCCUGUGGCUCCUCAUGCAGUCUGCGCACAGAAGGAGGCUGUAAUGGGCACGGAGACUGAUUUGAUCCAGAACCGGGUGGACGUGUUGGUUCACGAUUUAAUCCGAGUGUCUGGUGCACGUGUGUCUGCAGCCUUCCGGUAUAAGGUUGGGAUGAAACUAGUGCAGUUCGCCCAAACCUCAGAGGAGGCCUGUAAACUUGUGAGGCAGGCAAUGUUUGUGAAGAUGAUGAAUCUCCACCGGAAACAGGAUUGGGGGAAAAAGUUGGACAACCUCCACAGGUUCAUCAGGAGGUUUCCCUCCAUAUUUUUCAUCAUUGAACCCCAUCAUAUUUUAUACGGUAUUGAGGAUCACGAGAACCCUCUACUGGAUGCUCUUCCCCCACCUGCUCAGCUUGUGGCUCCCAUGGAGGACUAUCCAAUAGAAGAUCUAUUGGUACCUGAUCCUUUGGACCCUUCAGGAAAUGCGGCUGCUCUGGAACACGAGGAGCCUGCAGGGCACAUCCUCCGCUCACCUGCUCCUAUGGCUGCUCGGGACUAUGAGGAGCCUAUAUUGCCAGUCCUCCCCUUACCUGUUCCGGACCAUGAGGAGCCUAUAGUGCCGCUCCUCCCCUUACCUGCUCCUACUACUGCUCUGGACGAUGAGGAGCCUAUAGUGCCGCUCCUCCCCUUACCUGCUUCUACUUCUGCUCUGGACGAUGAGGAACCUAUAAUGCCGGUCCUCGCCUUACCUGCUCCUACUUCUGCUCUGGCCCAUGAGGAGCCUAUUUUGCCAGUCCUCCCCCUUCCUGCUCCUACUUCUCACCUGGACCAUGAAAGGCCUAUAAUGCGAGUCCUUUCUCUCGCUCCUGCCCUUCCUGUGGCUCCUCAUGCAGUCUGCGCACAGAAGGAGGCUGUCAUGGGCACGGAGACUGAUUUGAUCCAGAACCGGGUGGACAUGUUGGUUCACGAUUUAAUCCGAAUGUCUGGUGCACGUGUGUCUGCAGCCUUCCGGUAUAAGGUUGGGAUGAAACUAGUGCAGUUCGCCCAAACCUCAGAGGAGGCCUGCAAACUUGUGAGGCAGGCAAUGUUUGUGAAGAUGAUGAAUCUCCACCGGAAACAGGAUUGGGGGAAAAAGUUGGACAACCUCCACAGGUUCAUCAGGAGGUUUCCCUCCAUAUUCUUCAUCAUUGAACCCCAUCAUAUUUUAUACGGUAUUGAGGAUCACGAGAACCCUCUACUGGAUGUUCUUCCCCCACCUGCUCAGCUUGUGGCUCCCAUGGAGGACUAUCCAAUAAAAAAUCGAUUGGUACCUGAUCCUGUGGACCCUUCAGGAAAUGCGGCUGCUCUGGAACAGGAGGAACCUGCAGGGCACAUCCUCCACACACCUGCUCUUAUGGCUGCUCGGGACUAUGAGGAGCCUAUAUUGCCAGUCCUCCCAUUACCUGCUCCUACUUCUGCUCUGGACGAUGAGGAACCUAUAGUGCCGGUCCUUCCCUUACCUGCUCCUACUUCUGCUCUGGACGAUGAGGAGCCUAUAGUGCCUGUCCUCCCCUUACCUGCUCCUACUUCUGCUCUGGACGAUGAGGAACCUAUAGUGCCGGUCCUUCCCAUACCUGCUCCUACUUCUGCUCUGGACGAUGAGGAGCCUAUAGUGCCUGUCCUCCCCUUACCUGCUCCUACUUCUGCUCUGGACGAUGAGGAACCUAUAGUGCCGGUCCUUCCCUUACCUGCUCCUACUUCUGCUCUGGACGAUGAGGAGCCUAUAGUGCCUGUCCUCCCCUUACCUGCUCCUACUUCUGCUCUGGACCAUGAGCAGCCUAUAGUGCCGGUCCUUCCCUUACCUGCUCCUACUUCUGCUCUGGACCAUGAGCAGCCUAUUUUGCCGGUCCUCCCCUUACCUACUCCUGCUUCUCCCCUGCACCGUGGGAGGCCUACAAUGCGGGUCCUUCUCUUACCUUCUUCUACUUCUCCCCUGGACUGUGAGAGGCCUAUAAUGCCGGUCCUCCCCUUUCCUGCUCCUGCAUCUGCUCUGGACCAUGAGGAGCCUAUAAUGCCGGUCCUCCCCUUACCUGCUUCUACUUCUGCUCUGGACCAUGAGGAGCCUAUAGUGCCGGUCCUCCCCUUACCUGCUUCUACUUCUGCCCUGGACCAUGAGGAGCCUAUAGUGCCAGUUCUCCCCUUACCUGCUUCUACUUCUGCUUCUGACCAUGAGGAUCCUACAUUCCAGGUCCUUCCCUCACCUGCUCCUGUGGCUUUUAUGGUCCUUCCCCCUCCAGCCCUCCCUGUGGCUCCUCAUGCCCAGACUCCCUUGCACAAGCGUCAUGCAUGUGCUGCAGUGAAACAAGAAAGGUCCAGAUUGUGCUCUGCCCUACCUCAACAUUCACAUCCUCCUGUCUGGCCCUCACCAACCAAGCCAUCCAUGACUUCCUCACACAAGCGUCGUGCUCCUCAUCAACUACAGCCACAUAAUGCAGAUCCAGAAGAGGAGAUGGAAGUAGAAAGCAGUUAUGUUGCUCAGAAUCCAUCUCCUCCUGUCUGGCCCUCAGCAAAGCCAUUGCCUCCUCAGACCUCUAGAUCUUUGUGCAAGCGUUUUGCUGCUUCAACCCUACAGCCACAUAAUGUAGAACCAGUAGAGGAGAUGGGGGUUCAAAGCAGUUAUGUGGCUCAGAAUCCAUCUCCCCCUGUCUGGCCCUCAGCAAAGCCAUUGCCUCCUCAGACCUCUACAUCUUUGUGCAAGCGUUUUGCUGCUUCAACCCUACAGACAAAUAAUACAAACGCAGUAGAGGAGAUGGAGGUUCAAAUCAGUUAUGUGGCUCAAAAUUCUCCUUCACGCAAGCGUUGCGCUUCUCCUACCACACAGCUAAUUAGGACGAAUGCAGUUAAGAUGGAGGUGAUGGCAAAAAAACCCAGGUUGUGUUUGGCAACACACAGCACUGCACCUCAACUUCCAUCUCCUCACAUCGCAUCUUCUUCCAAGUUUCCACCCCGCCAGACUCCGAUUCCCUUAAAAAAGAGUGGGAUGAUAUGCAUGAGACGAGUUUUUUAUCCAUACAAUGUGGGUAGCAUUAAAGCACGGUCACAGUGAAGAGUGAUGUUGUCUCCUGGUCUGACCUUCAUCUCGAUUUCAACUCCGUUGAUUAUUGUCUGACUGAACAGUAACAGUACAUCUAC